ACAAAAAAAACAUUUCCAUUUAUUCAGUCAUAUUUGAACUUAUUUUGAACAGAGUAGUGUUGAAGGAUCGAAGGACUACACCAAAACCAAGCUCACUAUGAAAUAGAGUUUGUGAGAAGUUCUAAAAAUGGGGAGGAAUCUUGGAAACAUCUGAUAUCUCCAUUAUCACUGAAUUCAUCAUUCAUCUCACUAAGUAGUUUAAGCAUUAAGCAGUCUACCAAAUCGGGAUAUCAGAUUGCAGCGGAAGUACAAUUCUAUGGAGCUCCCAUUUGGUGAAUGUGAAGAAGCUAAUGUGCUCUCUUUUCUAUUUUGAUAAGUCAUUAUUUGAUGCAUUCUGUAUGCCAUUAUGUUGCAUUGCUACUCUCCUUUAGUAUUACCUCUUCCGAAUUCCUGUUCUGCUUUCAGUACCGUGAUCUCCCCUUAUUGGAGCAUUUUUCUUUGAGUCAUGUCCUUCUCUUUAUAAUUCGCCAUGCUUUGGUUGACAGGUAUUUGAGCCAAUAGAUGUGAAUCAUUCGACCCGUCUUUGAGGGUCGACGUGACUGGAAUACGAGGAGCUUAUUUGGACUGAGCAUAAAAUCAGGAGUAUCUGCAUUUGUAUAGCCAACGUGAUACAGAUCAGGGAGAUCACGGUACUGAAAGCAGUGACACUAAAAAAUGCGUAGUGUCAGGCAUGAAGAGCAGAUGAAGAUUAGAUUAAAGAUAACAAGUUACUGUUUCAGACUAGGGUGUUGGUGAAAGAUGAUUGUGAGAUCGUUCAACACUGAAGGGAAGGUGUCUUUAAGUUGUUGGUUCGUUUAAAGGUAGCUAGUCAGAUCAUAUAUUGCCUCCAAGAGGAGGAAUUGCUGGUUAGGAUGAAAACAAUCAGGGAUUCUCUCUUCCUUUUCUUAGAGCUUGAACAAGGCGAGACACUCAGUUUAGUUGUGCAUGUUUAUCCGGAGGAAUGGACGCAUCUCUUCAUGGCUGGUGGUGGAGGACGGGUGUCUCGAGGAGAAAACUUCAGGGAUAUUUCUCUCAUUCUGGGAAAACUUCAGAGGGAAAACUGAUGGUUACCAAGAUUGUCUCCAGCUAAAAUCACAACCUACUUGGCAUUCACAGACUUGUUCGUGAGCGUAAGUGCUACUAAAUGCGCAGUCUUAGGUACGGUGACCAGAUAAAUAUCAGGUUAUAGAUAACAAAUUACUGUAUCAGACUAGGGUGGUGAUGAAAGAUGAUUGUAUCAACAUUCAGCAUUGGAUGGUGCUCUUACUGUUCUCGGUUUGUUCAAAGGCAAUCCUAAGGCAAUUGGCUUCAAGAACUGAUUCAAUGGUGUCAUAGUAGAUCUCCGUAUGCUCUAUGGUGCCUCUGUUGCAGAUGGCUAGUCAGAUUUUUUAAUGGUUGAGUUAUAAACAAAUAGGGAUUUCUGCCUUUCUGGGAGCUCAAUAGGGACACCCAGCUUGGUUGCACACGUUGAUUCGAAGCGUAACUGGUGGUGGUGGAGGUCUACUGAGGAGCAAGUUUCAGGCAAAGCAUCCUAAUGCUAUCAUUAACAAUGACAGGUUACGAUUCGAGCAACUAAUCAACGAGGAUGAAUCCUCCAUUGAUCAAAUAAAUGAGCAAUCCUGUGAUACCACACUCCAUGUAGCGUCCAGAUAUGGGCAUGCACAUUUUGUGUCUCAAAUAGUGAGUUUGAGACCUCUUUUGGUUGAGGCUCUAAAUGUACACCGAGAAACUCCGAUUCACGAGGCUUGUCGCCGUGGAAGUCUAAACGUGCUGGACUUGCUCUUGGCAGUUAAACCGAGUGUAGCGCAUUGUCUUAACAGCAGCAAGGAAAGCGCUAUGUUUUUGGCUUGUAAAUAUGGAUACCAUCAAUUAGUCAAGCGUUUGAUAGAGAUCGAUGUUCCUGUUGAUUUAUUCUGUCUGCAUAUUGCCGUGUCGCGUGGACAUACAGACAUUGUCCAAGAAAUGAUAGAAAAAUGGCCAAAUUUGGCCGAAGAAGCUGAUGAAAAUGGACUAAACCUGCUACAUUAUGCUUGUAAAUAUGGUGAAGCAGAGAUAACAGGAACAGUCCUUAAUCUGAGUCCUGACCUGGUCCUGUCAUAUGAUAAUAAUGGCCUCACGCCCUUACAUCUCGCAGCAGUCCACAACAAUGGAGCAAUUUUUAAGGAAUUCGUGGCACAAGGUUUCUUCACUUUCUUGGCUUUAACAAAGCAGCAUGAAACUGUUCUUCAUCUUCUUGUUCGCCAUAACCAUUAUGACGCAUUUUUAAGCUUGAUGAAACUUCUUAAUGACGACUCUAGCCACGACCUCUUCCUCUGCCGCGAUCAACAAGGGAACACUCCCUUGCAUCUUGCUCUUUCUGGAAACUGCUAUCAGAUUGCAGAGUAUUUGAUCAACAAAUCAACCAAAGAACAGCUGUUUGAUACUAGAAAUGACGCAGGGUUUACAGCUCUGGACAUUCUGAACAAUUCUGGAGAAGAAGAUUUGAGCAAAAGGCAUCUAAGAGAAUGUCUGUUACAAAUCAACUCAAGAUUAAUUAAGUCGCCUUCUACUGGUGAACCGAUCCAGAAAUGUGAAGUGAAUGAUGAGCAUCCAGAGGACAGGGUUCAAUCAAAGAAAUCUUCGUCAACUUCUUCAGCUGAAAAUGUUGUAUCUCAGGACGACAAAGCAAAAGCAAGUUAUCAAGAGCCCUUAUAUGAAGCUGUGAAAGCAAUUCUCGACGUUCUACAGGAAGAUAAAGAUCGCCGUAAGAAUAGACGAGAGAAGAGGAUGCAAGAAAUGCACAUGGAAGGCCUUCAAAAUGCAAGAAACACGAUCAACAUAAUUGCAAUCUUAAUCGCAACAGUAACAUUCACAGCAUGCCUAAGCCCUCCAGGUGGAUUCUUCCAAGCAGGACCUUACAUAGGUAAGCCAGUGUUAGGCGAAACAACAGCAUUUAAGGUGUUCUCUAUCAGCAAUGAUGCUGCCCUGUUCUUGUCUCUAGGCAUCGUCGUUAUACUUGUUAGCAUCAUUCCAUUUCGUAUCACACCAAUGCGGAAGGUGUUGGCUCUAACGCAUAAGCUCUUAUGGCUUGCGGUAGCUUUCCUAGCCACGGCAUAUAUUGCAGCAAGGUGGGCUACAACCCCAGAAGUUGAACACCGGAAAUGGACGUUCGGAGUUGUAUUGUCUAUCUGUUGUGUGUUUUUGGUGAUAAUUUUCGUUGGAUUAAGUAUUAAGCUGAUCAAUGACAAGCUGAAGAAGCAGAGAAACCAGCAAAUCCUUUCUGCGAGGACGUUUUCAGUGGAUUCUGAUAUGCAAAGUCAAGUUAAAUCUGGGUAUAUCACCUAUUAGUGU